AUGAGGACGCAGUUUCCAGAGAACCGAUAUGAAUGUUAUAAAUGUGGGGAAGUCUUUUCUCAAAGGUCUAACCUUAUUAUACAUAGGAGUAUCCAUUUGGAAGAAAAUCCUUAUGAAUACAAUCAGUGUGAGAGAGCUCCUCACCAGUCUUCCAAUGGUGGUGAUCAUCAGAGAAUUAAUGAGGCAAAAAACCCAUUCAGAUAUACUAUACCUGGGGCCGUGUUUAGUCAGUCAUCAAGACUAAAUAUAAAUAAGACAAAGCCUAGUGGAGAGAGAACAGACAUUUUUAAGGAAUGUGGUAAAGUCUUUGACUGGCCCUCAACCCUAUCUCAACAUCAGCGAAUGAAUACUGGAGUGAAACUGUACAAAUGUGAAGAACGUGGUAAAACCUUUAAGAACUGUUCAUCACUAACUGGACAUAGGCAAAUCCAUACUGGAGAGAAACUCUACAAAUGUAAAGAAUGUGGCAAAGCCUUUAAAAUUCGCUCAGCACUUACUCAACAUCACAGAAUUCAUACUGGAGAGAAACCUUACAAAUGUAAAGAAUGUGGAAAGGCCUUUAACCAGCACUCACACCUUAAUCAACAUCACAGAAUUCAUACUGGAGAGAAACCUUACAUAUGUAAAGAAUGUGGAAAGGCCUUUAGCUGGCCCUCAAAUCUUACUCAACAUCACAGAAUUCAUACUGGAGAGAAACCUUAUAAAUGUCAAGAAUGUGGCAAGGCCUUUAAGCAGCAAUCACACCUUAGUAACCAUCAGAGAAAUCAUACUGGCAAGAAACCUUAA